AGGCUACACACAUUAUCAUGAAGAAACUGUGAAAUGGCUGCCCAUGUCGCCCGUAUCUAAAUCCACCACUGAUAAGCAGUAAUGGACAGUCAAUACCAUCAUGGGACGUUUCCCUUUAACCUUUUAUACUUGUGCCUAAAUCGAAGUGUUUCUUAAAGAAGAAAAUGAAAAGCAUAUGUAUAACCAUGGCAGCAAUUGAAACCAUGGCAGCAAUUGAAAGGGAACAGUUUGGAGAUAAUGGGGAAAUGAUUAGACCAAAGGAGCCCCAGAUGAACAUGGAGAGCCUGAGCAAGCCAGAGCUGCUGAUGCUCUUCAGUGUCCUGGAGGGAGAGCUGGAGGCUCGUGACCUGGUCAUCGAGGCCCUCAGGGCCCAGUGCAGAGACACAUAUGUGGAGAAGCGCUAUGGGAAGUACAACCUGAGCGACCCGUUCCUGGCUCUGCAGAGGGACAGUGAGGCGUUGGGGGGGCAGAGCCUUGGGGUCCACCAGGCUUCAGCCUGCUCUAGCCCCCUGGCUGUGCUCAAGCAGGUGGUCACCCACUGCAGGAGGAUGCAGGAGAAGAUGCUCGCCCAGCUAGCUGCAGCCGAGAGCAGUCACAAGAGGGUCAUUGCAGAUCUGGAGGAGGAGAGGAGAAGGCAUGCAGAGGACACCGCUGAGGGUGAUGAUGUCACUUGCAUCCUGGAAAAGGAGAGGGAACGCCUCUUGCAACAGCUGGAGUUUGAGCGGGGCCAGGUGCGUCGUCUGGAGAAGGAACAGAAGAGGGUCCUGGAGCAGCUGGAGGAGGAGCGGGUGCAGCACAAGCAGCACUCCUCUGCCCUGGCCAAGGAGUGCAAGUGGGCCAGCCAGCGGGCCCUGGAGGUGGACCACCGCCUGGCUGAGGCAAACCGUAGGCUGGAGAAGGAGCAGGGGGAGAUCUUGGCCCUGAGGGCUGAGCUACAGAAGGAGAGGAGGAGGGCCCUGCAGAUGGAGGCCAGGGUGGAGGAGCGGCUGGCUGAGUUUGACAUGGAGAAGGAGCAGCUCCGCUCUCUGCUCAAGAGGGAGGAGGCCCAGUGCUGCCUGCUGCAGGAGCAGGUGGAGGCGCUGAGGAGAGAGCUUCAGGAAGAGAGGGGAGAUGAGGAGGAGGAUGAGAGGAGAGACUCUCCUGUGGAUAUCAGUGGAGGGUCACCACUAUUACGACCACCACCAGUGGAGGGGGGUGAAGAGCCUAAAGUCAACGGUCACGACUGCCUCAGGGAGGACGCCCUUCCACACAGACUGGGCCUGGACAACCGGAGUGAGAACAGCAGCCCUGUCCUGCUGUCCCCUGCCCUCCUGAACCAGAGCCUGUCCCCCUGCAGCACGGGGUCUUCCUCCCUCACCUCCUCCCCGUGCUCCUCUCCUCAGCUGGCCAAACGGCUGGCCCUGGCCACCAGUCCCAGCUACCAGUCCUCCUACCAGGCAGGCAUCAACCAGCGCUUCCACGCUGCUCGCCACAAGUUCCAGGGCCACACUGAUCCAGAGCCACAGCAGGAGGGAAGAGGAGGUGGCAGCCUACCCCACUCCCCUAGAGACCUGUCCCCGUCCCCUGAGUGCAUCCCCGUCCCUGUCCCCAGCCCGGCCAAGCAUCUGGCCCGCAGCACCGUCACUCACGUCCUGUCCCGCUUCACAGUCCAGCAGGGGGCCAAACCUCCGCCACCCAACAGCUCUCCCUUCGGCACUGACUACCGUAACCUGGCCCUGACCCCCUCCUCCCCGGUCAUCCCCAGGGCCUCUGGUGCUGCUCUGCCUCUGGGGGUCUGCUCCCCAACCAUCCCCCGAGCAGACAGGGGCAACCCGCCCCCCAUCCCCUCUAAGAAGCCUGGCCUGGCCCAGUCUCCAGCGCCAUCCAUCCCUGGUACCAGAGCCAGCCACUUUCCUGAGCUGUCAGGAAGCUGUGGUCUCACCAGCGGCCAGGAGAAUGUUAAAGAGCUGGACAUGGUGGUUUCCUCCGUCAGUUAGCCUAGCCUCCUACUGAGUGCUACUAGCGCUGUGUUCUUUUAUACCGCUCACACGUUCCUGUGCUGAGGCACGCUGCAAAACACUGUCAAGUUAACUGUAUUUAUUUUAUUUUUGACAUGCAUUCUGCUUCAUUCUUCUUGUAGCACAAUAUAUGUAUUUGUAUUUAUGCAUUUUGGGUUUGUUGGUAAUAUAAUAUAAGGAGAAUAAGCAGUAAUGAAGAGUAAUGGGCCAACAUGCAUGUUAGUUGCUGGGUACUUUUCAAAAGUUUGCUAAGAAUAGCAUGUAAUGUCAUGGGACAAUCAAAUGUUGCUACUUAUAAUGCAGCUUUUGAAUUUGAGCUUGGAAAUAAGCAUUUCUCUAAAUCAAUAUUGGGAUUUAGCCUAAUACUGAACAAAAUAAGAGAGCUUAUCUUAAACUGCAGAGUUUAAUACUGAACCAAGGCUGCUUACAAACACAUUAUUAUAAUGUUAUAUUUCCUAAAAUGGCACAUGAUUAUAACAUUCCAUAUCUUCAAGGCUUAAUAAGUUGGCAGUAUUCUGUGUAUAUGCAGUAUUCUGUGUAUGUGCAGAAUUCUGUGUAUAUGCAGUAUUAUUAAUACUUGCUCUCAUACCAAUCGUCUGGUCAAACAUUUAGAAUGUAUAUUUUUACAUGAGCACAAUAUAUCUCUUUUACACCCGCAUAUUGGUUUGUCAUAUACAGUUGAGGUCGGAAGUUUACAUACACUUAGGUUGGAGUCAUUAAAACUUUUUUUCAACCACUCCACAAAUUUCUUGUUAACAAACUAUAGUUUUGGCAAGUCAGUUAGGACAUCUACUUUGUGCAUGACACAAGUCAUUUUUCCAACAAUUGUUUACAGACAGAUUACUUCACUUAUAAUUCACUGUAUCACAAUUCCAGUGGGUCAGAUGUUUACAUAAACUAAGUUGACUGUGCCUUUAAACAGCUUGGAAAAUUCCAGAAAAUUAUGUCAUGGCUUUAGAAGAUUCUGAAAGGCAUAUUGACAUAAUUUGAGUCAAUUGGAGGUGUAUCUGUGGAUGUAUUUCAAGGCCUACCUUCAAACUCAGUGCCUUUUUGCUUGACAUCAUGGGAUGUCAAAAGAAAUCAGCCAAGACCUCAGAAAACAAUUGUAGACCUCCACAAGUCUGGUUCAUCCUUGGGAGCAAUUGAGUGUAUGUAAACUUCUGACUCACUUUGAAUGUGAUGAAAGAAGUAAAAGCUGAAAUAAAUCAUUCUCUCUACUAUUAUUCUGACAUUUCACAUUCUUCAAAUAAAGUGGUGAUCCUACCUGACCUUAGACUGGGAAUUUUUACUCUGAUUAAAUGUCAGAAAUUGUGAAAAAACUGAGUUUAAAUGUAUUUGGCUAAGGUGUAUGUAAACUUCCAACUUCAACUGUAUCUACUAUACUGCACAUAUAAAUAUUUAAUUAUGUUUUUAUAUGGUACAUUAAAUAUUGCCUUAGUAUAUCACUUGGCUAUCAGGACUAGUAAUCAGCACUGCUGAACGGGGAGAAUCUCAAUUGCAUACUCCUCGCAUCCUCUCUCCUCGCCUCCAUCUCAAAACCCAUUGGAGGCGGUCAGAGAGGAGGGACCUCUGGCUUUCUCAUCCAAAGGGUUUUGAGAAGGAGGUGAGGAGAGUGGACGCAAGGAGUAGGCAGUUGAGAUUAUCCCAUUGUCUAGUAAGAUAAUCAAGUAUUAUAGUUAUAGUAUUAUAGAGAAUUUAUUGUCAUAGCUUGUGUUAUUUACCCCAUAGCUGUUUUGGCAAUGAUGAGGGGGUAGUUGUGUG